AUGAAGCGACGAGUGCCGAGUGCGCAUGCAGUCAAGAUGUAUGUAUACUCGUGGUUCAGCGCGUGGUUCUGGGCGGUGGGCAUGCAGCGCACGCAGCAGCCGCCGCCCGCGUGCCCCGGCAAGCGCCUGGCAAUAGUGUUCACCUUCGGCCUGCGCGGGAACGAGGCCUGGGUCAGCGCGGCAACAGCGCUCUCCGCCAUCCUCGCCGCUUGGCUGUCCCUGAUCCUCGCUGCGCACCUCGUUCGCGCCCGUAAGGGUUUCCAGCAAGGCCCGGUAAUACUCAUGGCAUGCGCCGCAUACUACACCAGCGGGCCGAGCGACUACAAUCUGAUCCGGUCGCUGCAGGGACUAUUCUGGACGCGCCAAGUGUUCAGUGUACAGUUCGCCGCCGGGUGUGCCCACUUCGCGAUCGUGUUCCUGCUCGGCCCGGUCGUCGCGGUGGUCUCGGUCGAGAGAAUGAUCGUGGAGAAUCGACUGGUAACUGCGGGCAUCGCGGACUCCGCCGGACAGUUGAUCGCAGUCUUUACCGGGGCGUCGAAUCUACUCAUUGCCCCGUGGGAGGCCGCUGAUGCGUGGAUGGAGCUUGGGGGAGAGACCCCCGACGGUGGUGGUGCCGGCAGUGGCAGCGCUGGUGGUCCCGGUUCUUGGACAUCCCGUACCCCCGAUUCUCAGUCACCCCGUACCCCCGCCGCGACCAAGGCAAAAGAACCGAAGGGGGAGAGCCCGACAUUAAAAGCAACGGAUCCCAACGAAGCGCCGAACUUCUACGCCGCUGGUGGAGCGAAACCUCGCUAA